GUCAGCCCGCUCCUGGUGCUCUCGAUCCGUGCAUUCUUUCAACAGAUGACCAGUUCCUGCUUCCUUGUGGCCGCUUCGAAAGAAAAGCGCAUCUACUAAGAGGCAGCACAGUGCAUUUGCAGUGGUUGUACCCACUUACAGUACUGACAGACAAGAAGUAAGAAAGUUAGCCUGAGUUUUGUGAAGAACCAAAAAGAAAAGGUUUUUCCAGUUUGCAUAAUAUUUCCCUCAUGGAUAUUUUUCAUAGCAUUACUAUGUGAUGUGAGAAGGUUUUUUUUGAAGUAAACAUGGAUUUUAUACUACAGAAUCAAGAAAAUUGGCAUUAUACGAAAAAUUGAUUUAUAAAAAGUGGUACAGGUUUUUAUAGAUAAACCAUGACAACAUCCUAUAUGAAUGGGCAUGUUACAGAGGAAUCAGACAGCGAAAUAAAAAAUGUUGAUCUUGCAUCACCAGAGGAACCUCGGAAGCACCGAGAGAUGGCUGUCGACUGCCCCGGAGAUUUGGGCGCCAGGCUGAUGCCAGUACGACGAAGUGCACAGUUGGAGCGCAUUCGACAGCAACAGGAGGACAUGAGACGUAGGCGAGAAGAAGAAGGGAAAAAACAAGAACUUGACCUUAAUUCCUCCAUAAGACUUAAGAAACUAGCCCAAAUUCCCCCAAAGACUGGAAUAGAUAACCCCAUAUUUGAUACAGAAGAAGGAAUUAUCUUAGAGAGUCCUCAUUAUGCUGUGAAAAUAUUAGAAGUGGAAGACUUGUUUUCUUCACUUAAACAUAUCCAACAUACUUUGGUAGAUUCUCAGAGCCAGGAGGAUAUUUCACUGCUUUUACAACUUGUACAAAAUAAAGAUUUCCAGAAUGCGUUUAAGAUACACAAUGCUGUCACAGUACACAUGAACAAGGCCAGUCCUCCUUUUCCUCUUAUCUCCAACGCCCAAGAUCUUGCACAAGAGGUACAGACUGUUUUGAAACCAACCCACCAGAAAGAAGGACAGGAAUUAUCUGCUUUGCUGAAUGCUCCACAUAUUCAGGCACUUUUACUGGCCCAUGAUAAGGUUGCCGAGCAGGAAAUGCAGCUAGAGCCCAUUGCAGAUGAGAAAGUUUAUGAAACCGUUGGCCAGUAUGGAGGAGAAACUGUAAAAAUAGUUCGUAUAGAAAAGGCUCGUGAUAUUCCGUUGGGUGCCACAGUUCGUAAUGAAAUGGAUUCCGUCAUCAUCAGCCGAAUUGUAAAAGGAGGAGCUGCAGAGAAAAGUGGUCUCUUACAUGAAGGCGAUGAAGUUCUAGAGAUUAAUGGCAUUGAAAUUCGGGGGAAAGAUGUCAAUGAGGUUUUUGACUUGUUGUCUGAUAUGCAUGGUACUUUGACAUUUGUUCUGAUUCCCAGUCAACAGAUCAAGCCUCCUGCUGCCAAGGAAACAGUAAUCCAUGUUAAAGCUCAUUUUGACUAUGACCCCUCAGAUGACCCUUACGUUCCAUGUCGAGAGUUAGGUCUGUCCUUUCAAAAAGGGGAUAUACUUCACGUGAUCAGUCAAGAAGACCCAAACUGGUGGCAGGCCUACAGGGAGGGGGAUGAAGAUAAUCAGCCCCUAGCUGGACUGGUUCCAGGGAAGAGCUUUCAGCAGCAAAGAGAAGCCAUGAAGCAAACUAUAGAAGAAGAUAAGGAGCCAGAAAAAUCAGGAAAAUUAUGGUGUGCAAAGAAGAAUAAAAAGAAAAGGAAAAAGGUCUUAUAUAAUGCUAAUAAAAAUGAUGAUUAUGACAAUGAGGAGAUCUUAACUUAUGAGGAAAUGUCACUUUAUCAUCAGCCAGCAAAUAGGAAAAGACCUAUCAUCUUGAUUGGUCCACAAAACUGUGGCCAGAAUGAAUUGCGUCAGAGGCUCAUGAACAAAGAAAAGGACCGCUUUGCAUUGGCAGUUCCUCAUACAACUCGGAAUAGGCGAGACCAUGAAGUAGCUGGUAGAGAUUAUCACUUUGUUUCCCGUCAAGCAUUUGAGGCUGACAUAGCAGCUGGAAAGUUCAUUGAACAUGGUGAAUUUGAGAAAAAUUUGUAUGGAACCAGUACAGACUCUGUACGGCAAGUGAUCAACUCUGGCAAAAUAUGUCUUUUAAGUCUUCGGACACAGUCUUUGAAAACUCUCCGGAAUUCAGAUUUGAAACCAUAUAUUAUCUUUAUCGCACCUCCUUCCCAAGAGAGACUUCGGGCUUUACUGGCUAAAGAGGGCAAGAAUCCGAAGCCUGAAGAGUUGAGAGAAAUCAUCGAGAAGACUAGAGAGAUGGAACAGAACAAUGGCCACUACUUUGACACAGCAAUUGUGAAUUCAGAUCUUGAUAAAGCCUACCAAGAAUUGCUUAGGUUAAUUAACAAACUUGACACCGAACCUCAGUGGGUGCCAUCCACUUGGCUGAGGUGAAGGAACAGUCAUUCUGUGCAGGAGUGGACUUGUUACGGCAAACUGCCAAUAGGAAGGUGGCCGGUACUUUGGCAAGAUGGAAUGUAAGGUGGGAGGUGGGAGGCGGCAGCAUAAGUUGCAAACCUGUUCUUAGAUCCCUUAAAACUUGUGAGAAGAAAGUCCCCAGAGGCAAUUUGUGCACAGCAUUCUUUAUGCUCUACAGAUGGCAUUAGGGAUUCUUACCUCCUCUGGUGAUUUGUAAAUGGAAGCUUUCAACAAGCAGAGAUUAACUUUAUUAAUCACCUAACUAUAUCUUUUCUGCUUGACUUCCUGUGAAAAACUUUUAUGUAUAUACACAGUAAUCCAUGGCUCAAGUAGUUACAAAUAUUGACAUUAUUUAACACUUAAAUGACUUCCUGGGAAUAUUUGGGGAAACUGUGCAUCUGUGCACUGGGCCAAAAAACAGUAUUUGCUUAAGAGACUGGGUUAGCCAUCAAAAGUACUUUCUGGGAAAAGAAAAAAAAGAAAAAUGUUGCCACUUUGGUUUGAACUACUUGUUAAGCCUUGAAUUCAUUUGUAGGUCUUCUAACUAAAAACAAACACAAAUUCCAUUAGAAGUCUCAGGUUUGGUUUGGUUUGGUUUUUAGCUCCAGCUUUGUGGGUCAGACCACAUACGCAGCAGACUCUAUAUAAUGCAGUUAAAAGUAUACAAAAGUUGGUGAUCUUUUUAAAGAUAUAAUUUUGUGAAAUUUUUGCAAGUGAUUUGAUAGCCUUGCUUCCUUUCUCAGAUCUGAAGAAUACAACAGAGUGUAUAAGGUACAGUGUUUCUUCAUGAUGCAAAUAGUUUUUUAUAUACUCGGGAGAACAUAACACAUUUCAGUUUUUGCAUUUUUAUAUAUGAACACAGUAUUUGUCUAUAACUGUGCUGCAUUUGUAAAUAACUGGAACUCUGUUGAUGAAUAUAGCUGCUAUACUGUAUACUAAUAUUUAAUAGAUCAACAAAUGGUCAUUGAUAAUGCUUGUUCAGCAUUGGAGUAAAUUAAACUAUACACACUAGGGGAGCAGCAUGACAACCGACUUUGAGGUCAGAAGGAAAGGACGACCUUUUAGGAAAAGCAACUGGAGGAAAAGUUAUUAUGCAUAUAGAAACAGGUUUUUCUCCUGACAAGAUCUGCUUUCUGACCAGAAUGCAACAGCUUGUUAAGCUAGUAUGAUUUUUGUACUGUAUAGCUGUAACUUUAAAAUUGUAAUUGGCACGGAAAGUUAAUUUGUCGUCUUUUCAGGCCUAUAAGGACAGAGGAAUGUGUGACAGUCUCAAGUGUGAGAGCCAGGGAUUUAGUUCAGUGGUUCCACCGCCUGCCUCAAAUGUGAAUGCCUUUUUAUUUUUAUGAUGACUUUAGCUACAUUUCCUGUUCCCAAAGCUAAACACUGGAAUAAUACUGACUUACCACGUAAUUUAACACAAGCAGUUGUCAUUAAUGAGUUGUGUGUCUUAAUAUCAUGUAUAUAGUUUUUUUCUCAGCUACAUAAUUUUAUUGGAACAAAUGUAAACAAUGUGUGUGUUGCCUUUUCUGUUCAAAUCUGCAUGGCCUCUUAGUUGACUGGGGAGUAUAUGGAGAUAUUUUCAAGGUAAUUUCUCUUAGGAAGAAAGUAACAUUCAUGGGUCAAGGAGAGGAAUACUGUGUCUCCUCGGGUCUGAAACACUCCAGCUUGUAGCAGGAAAAUACAAAGAUCACACCCAUUUUCAGAUUUGAAAACCAAGGAAUAUAUUUAGCACUUAAUCUUUUCAGUUUUCUGUAGUUUACUUUCUCAGGAAUGAAAGGUAGUCUGUGGUUGACAGUGGAGUUUUGUGAACUACAUCAUGUGACUGGUAACUAUUUUCAAUACUUACAGU